AUGGAUGAUGACAUGGAGGAGGCUGAGGACCCUCUCCAGUAUAUCAAUACCGGCUAUGACAACGAAACAAGAGGCCUCGUGAAGGAGCAAAUUCGUUCCUUCAACUAUUUCGUCACCAAAAAAAUGCAGAAGAUUGUGAUGGCAAAUAACCGCAUCGUAGCACCCCAAGACCCGUCCAUCUAUCUUAGGCAUGCAGCUAUCCACUUGUUUACAGUCACUAUUUUCUUUUUCACUGAUAUUUUGACACCGCAAUUCUGCCGUCUUAAUGCUCGCACUUAUGCUGCCCCCAUAAGGGUUGAUGUUGAAUACACUGCCUAUUUACGGGAUAAAACGCUGACGCUACGGGAGGAAAGUGCCACCAUUGGGUACAUGCCUAUUAUGCUCAGAAGCUGUUCUUGUGUUCUGAAUGGGAAGGAUGAAGAUGAACUAGCAAGAUAUGGCGAGUGCCCUCUUGAUCCUGGCGGCUACUUCAUUGUGAAAGGAAAUGAGAAGGUCAUUCUUAUACAAGAAGAAUUACCAAAGAAUCAUAUUAUUAUUAUGACCGAUCGUAAAGGAAGGGUGACUGCGUCGGUUAUGAGCAGUGCAGAUGGAAUAAAAAGCAAGACUCUAGUUGUCAUGGACAACAAAAAGAUCUAUCUAGAUUCGAAUCAAUUCACUAAGCUGAUUCCUAUAAUUGUUGUUUUGAAAGCAAUGGGAAUGGAAAGUGACCAAGAGGUUGUACAAAUGCUUGGACGAGAUCCAAGAUAUGGGGACUUACUAUUUUUAUCUAUUCAGGAAUGUGCCUCUGAGGGAAUAUAUACACAACAACAAGCUCUUCAGUACAUGGAUGGCAAGAUGAAGUAUCCGCAUCAAACAACUAUGAAAGUAUUAACUGAAAGUUCAUAUUUUCUCUUAAUUUUUAUGUAUGGUUCAGUAAAUGUCCUACAUAAUCAUUUCCUGGCGCAUGUGCCGGUCAAGAAUGGGAACUUGCGAGCAAAGAGCAUAUACACUGGUGUAAUAUUAAGGCGCAUGAUGGACGCAGUCUUGAAUGCUGACACUUUUGAUGACAAGGGUCGGUGGCAUCGGUCUCUUGAAAUUGAAUUGGAGGUCUUGGGCUCCCCCGAGGGUGAAGUUCAUCUUGCUGGCAUGCCAGGACUGCUGCUGGACAGCAGCAAGGCUCGCCAGGAGGGGCCUGCCGCACUCCCUGUGCUGUGUGCUUUGCGACCAAGCGGGGAGACCAUGUGCCACAUCUUGACUGGCUGCUCCUUGCGCUCCCUGUGGCACAAUGAUUAUUUAGGAAAUAAGAGGCUGCAACUGUCUGGUGAACUAGUAUCCCUGCUCUUCGAGGAUCUGUUCAAAAGAAUGAAUUUGUUGGCUAUGGAUAUUAUGGGCAAAACUAUGAGCAACAAUACAAGUGAAGAUCGUGACGGAGUCCUGAAUUUUAAGCAGAUAAUAGAGAGGGCUUCUAACAUAACCUCUGGUAUGGAGUUGGCCAUUAACACAGGAAAUUGGAACACAGGACAAUUUGGUAUGAGUAGAAAAGGUGUAUCACAGUGUUAUACUUUAGGUGUGGAAGAUUUAUCAAUUUUAUCUGCAGAAGAAGUUCAUGCAUCAGACUCAUUUCUGAUCAUGUUCAAUGGAUCAAUACUGGGGAAACAUAGGCAACCUCAGAGAUUUGCUGAUAAUAUGAGAAAACUGCGUCGGUUAAGCUCAUCUUGGGACUUUGUAAGCAUUUUUGUUAAUCAGAAGCAGCGUUGCAUUCACAUUGCCUCUGAUGGCGGUCGCGUUUGUCGUCCACUUUUAAUCGCUGAUUUGGGAAUAUCAAGGGUCCAAGACCAUCAUAUGCAGGAACUGAGGGCUGGUCAACUCUCAUUUGACGAUUUUCUGCGUUUUGGGUUGAUUGAAUAUCUUGAUGUCAAUGAAGAGAACAAUGCAUUGUGUGCAAUGGGUAAGCAAGCAAUGGGAAAUAUUGCGUAUAAUCAGGUGGGAUAUGAUAAGCUUGGGGCUGGGCAGAAUGCAACUGUUGCUGUCAUGAGUGAUAGUGGAUAUGAUAUUAAAGAUGCAAUUGUAUUCAAUAAAUCAUCCCUUGAUCGAGGUUUUGGUCGUUGCAUAAGAAUGAAAAGGUACACGGUGGCAAUGCAGAAGUAUGGGAAUAAUAGGUCAGAAAAGAAUGUUAAACCAGAGAGAGAUAAAGAUGAUAUUUUGAAGAAGCAGAAUAUGCAGGUUUUGGAUAAAGAUGGAUACGCCAAGCCAGGUCUAAUAAUCCGCGAUGGUGAUAUCUAUGUGAACAAGAAAACUCCCAAGAAUACUGCAAAAAGUCCUGGUGUUACAUCAACCGACAGGGACUAUGAAGACUACCCAGCUAUUUACAAAGGUGAUGAUGAUGAGACAACUGUAGUUGAUCGUGUAAUACUUUCCUCAGAUAGUAAUGACAACUUGACCAUCAAGUGUAUUAUCCGUCACACUAGGAGGCCAGAGGUCGGUGACAAAUUUAGUAGCAGACAUGGACAGAAAGGUGUUUGUGGUACCAUUCUUCAGCAGGAAGACUUCUCCUUCUCUGAGAGAGGAAUAUGCCCUGAUUUAGUUAUGAAUCCCCAUGGAUUUCCAAGUGGUAUGACGGUAGGACAAAUGCUUGAACUUCUUGGCGGAAAGGCUGGUGCAUCAUGUGAGCAAUUUUAUUAUGGCAGUGCAUUUGGUGAACCAAGUGGUAAUGCUAAUAAAGUUGAAGACAUGAGCUAUACUCUUGUCAAGCACGGCUUCAACUAUCAUGGAAAAGAUUUAUUGUACUCAGGCACUUUAGGCCACCCUCUUCAGGCAUAUAUCUUCAUGGGGCCAAUCUACUACCAGAAAUUGAAGCACAUGGUUCUUGAUAAGAUGCAUGCUCGAGCUUCUGGACCACGAGUUGCAUUGACCAGGCAACCUACUGGAGGGCCAAACAGCAAUGGAGGCCUGCGUCUUGGUGAGAUGGAGCGUGAUUGUUUAAUUGCGCAUGGUGCUAGUAUGGUGAUAUUUGAACGUCUAUUACUGUCGAGUGACCCAUAUCAAGUGCAGAAAAUGUGGUUUGUUAGGCUACUACAACCACAGACUCAAAACCUCCUUCUGUUCAUUUUGCAAAAGUGGAGAAAAUAUGCAGCAACUGAUGAUGCCCUAUGCCUGCAAGCUAUUGUUUCAGGAACUGACAGCGAUGAACAUCGUUCCAAGGUUAAAGCUAACCGAAGGAUAACUUGUAACGCAGUGCACAGAUGA